AUGGUUGAAUGUGAAUAUUUGAAAUUAUUUAUUGCUAAUUGUAAAAAUGAUUCUAAACUUGAUUGUCGUCGAUUUCUUUCGUUUUGUAAUAAAACAAUGGCUUCAUUUUUCUAUAUGUUAACAUAUCAAGUUGAACUUGAUGAUCGAGUUUUUUUCACUUCUGUUGAAUUAUUGAAUAAAUAUUUAAUUUGUUCAAUGAUAAAAGCAUGUAGCUCAAUGAAUAAAGAUCCAAACAGUCUUAAAAAACAAUAUGAAUUAAUUAAAGAAAAAUAUCUUCGAGAAAAAUAUCUUAUUGCUACUGGUUGUUUUCAACUUGCAACACAAAUUUGUGAUCGAGCAAUUGAUACUCCUCGUUUAAUGGAAUAUUUUCAUGAACUCGCGCGAAUGGAUCCAAAUAUGACAACAAUAACAAGAUUAAAUCGUGAUCAAUUAAUCGAAAUUGAAAUUCAUAUAUUAACAACGAUUGAUCAUAUAUUUCCACAAUAUACCCCUCAUAUGUUUAUGUCUUAUUUUCUUCGAUUUCUUAAUAAUGAAAUGAAAAUGAUUAGUGAACGUUUACAUAAUGCAUCAAUGCUUUUACUUGUUCAUAUUUAUUUACAAUGGACAUCACUUAUUGAAAUUUUAGCAAAAAAAGAAAGUGGAUCAUCAACAGUAAAUAAAAUACAAAUGUAUUCAAUAGAUUCGUUUAGUUUUUCUUUUGAUAAUAAUCUAUUUUAUAAAAUUAGGGAAAAUGUUACUCAACGAUUACGUGAUCCCUUAUUACUUGGUUCAGCUACAAUUCUUGCAGCAUCAAAAAUGUUUUGUCAUGGAAUGAAUUCACAGAUACAUGAUAAGAUCAUCAGUUUAUUUGUUAGUCUUCUUGGUAUUGAUCCAAUGCGUAUUUAUAUGGCUCAAUUUUUUGCCGAAGAAGUUGUACAAAAAUCAGUCAAUGUUAGAUUAUUAAUGGGACAGACGGAUAAUUCAAAUUCAAGAAUUUUAGUUGAUCGUGAACAUGAUUUUGAUGAUGAAUCAAUGAUGACAUUUUCUUCACCCUAG